AUGGAACAUGCAUUCCUUGACCUUGAAGCUAUAGUCAAUGAUGAAGACCAGGAAGAUGAUGAAAGUGACGAGGACAUAGAAGACUUUAUCGAUGAUUCCGAUUUGCCUGACGAAACGCCGACCACUGCUAAACCUGCACACGAAGGAGGUGGAGAUGAAUUUGACGCGAUGAUGGAGGAUAUUGCGAAUCGCUGGAUAUCAACUGGAUCCAAGGCGCAAAAAACUGACGAGUGCCGAUCAAACGUAGACUAUCGGUUGGGGAGCAACCCCAGUAAUAUUUGUCGAUUUGAAAAGCAGGAUUAUCUGUUAUGGAGGGUACGAUGUGAGCGUUUUCGAGAAUACGAGGCUAUACAACAUAUAAUGUCCAACACGAAAGGACAUGAUAUAUGCUCUGCUUUCUACCGCAAUAAUCGACAUGGAUGGAUAUAUAUGGAAGCGCCUUACAAUGAAGUUGUAAAAAAAUUCCUUCUCAUGACACCCGGAGUACGGAAGAUGGGUUACGCUCCGCCAUGGUAUAUCAGAGUCGAGUCGAUAGAUAUUGCGGAAUGGGGAACUAUCCUCUGUGAAGAUGACGAGCAGCAUCUUCAAGCUGGCUCAUGGGUCCGCAUUAAACGUGGACUGUAUCGAGACGACAUUGGUGUUAUAUAUGAGACUACACCGGGAAAUGUUAUAGUAUUGCUCAUUCCUCGGUUGAGCCUCGAACCGCCUAUCAUCCAAGGAAAACGCCAAUACUGA